AUGUCUGCCGUUAAGGAAUACUCCCUUCUCUGUCUCGAGAACCCUCUCCUCGUGCCCCUCCAAUGCAACCCAACAUUUGCUGACAGGCACUUUUUGUUCUAUGCAGACAUCCAGGCCAAGGGUGACCAGGCCCUUCUUGACAAGUAUGGCCUCAAGCCUAACGACGCCAUCCUCGCAGAGGAGAAGCAUAUUCCUCUCUACGAAGACCUCCUAAACAACUACGAUGCCAAGCUGAUUGCUGGAGGCGCUGCCCAAAACAGUGCUCGAGGUGCUCAGUACAUCCUCCCUCCUAAUAGUGUCGUCUACCUCGGCGGCGCUGGUGAUGACAAGUAUGCUGCUAUCCUUCACGAUGCUGUCAAGGCCGCUGGUCUCCGCGUUGAAUACCGUGUCGACCCCAAGGAGAAGACUGGCCGAUGUGGUGCUAUCAUUACCGGCCACAACCGAAGCUUGUGCACGGAUCUUGGCGCUGCUAACCACUACGACCUCGAUCACUUGAAGAAGCCUGAAAUCUGGAAGCUCGUUGAGAACGCUGAGGUCUACUACGUCGGUGGUUUCCACUUCACUGUCUGUCCUCCUGCCAUUAUGGAGCUCGCCAAGCAGGCUGCUGAGCACAACAAGCCUUUUGUUCUCUCCCUGUCUGCUCCUUUCAUCCCUCAAUUCUUCAAGGAGGUUGUCGAUGCCAGCGCCCCUUACUGGGACUACAUCAUCGGCAACGAGACCGAGGCCGCCGCCUACGCCGAAUCCCACGGCCUCCCUAGUAAGGAGCCCAAGGAUGUUGUCAAGCACCUCGCCAACCUUCCCAAGAAGAACACCAAGAGAAAGCGAAUUGCCAUUGUUACUCAGGGUACCGACCCUACUCUGGUUGCUAUCCAGGGUGAUGACGAGAUUAAGGAGUUCCCCGUUCACGCCAUUGAGAAGGAAAAGAUCAACGACACCAACGGUGCUGGUGACGCUUUUGCCGGCGGUCUCUUGGCUGGUAUCCUCCAGAACAAGCCCCUCGAAACCAGCAUUGACAUGGGCCAGUGGCUGGCUCGUUUGAGCAUCCAGGAGCUUGGACCUUCAUACCCCUUCCCCAAGCAAACCUACCAGGCUGCUUAA